CUCACCCCACUAUCUGAUCUCUGCCUCCACCGUCACCAUGUCUAUCGCCACUCUCGAUACCUCCCAGCACCCCAACCUCCCCGCAGCAUCGCAGGCCCUGUUCCACGCCAAGGCCCGCCAGCGACUGAGCUUCGAGCAGAUCGCCACACACAUCGGCCGCAAUGAGGUCGCCACCGCAGCCAUAUUCUACGGCCAGGCCAUGGCUUCCGCAGAGGACAUCCACAAGCUGUCCGACCUGCUCAUGAUUAACCACUCGCAGCUGGAGAUGCAGCUCAGUGGUUUCCCCGAUCGCGGCAAGUCGGUUGAGAUGCCGCCCAAGGAGCCUUUGAUCUACCGUCUCUAUGAGAUUGUGCAGAACUAUGGAUAUGCUUACAAGGCUAUCCUCAAUGAGAAGUUCGGGGAUGGUAUCAUGAGUGCUAUUUCCUUCUCGACCAGUGUCGAGAAAGAGGUAGAUGCCGAUGGGAACAACUGGGCUGUUAUCACGCUGCGCGGCAAGUGGCUGCCCUUCUCUCGGUUCUGA